GUUCAAUCUUUUUCAACUUCCAAUAUGGUUAGUGGUACCUAUCAGCGAGUAGGAACCAACAAUGAAUUGAAUGGAUUGCUUUUCAAGUAUAAGUUGGCGAAAGCAUUAACUUUAUUGAGUUUGAUGGCAGUUAUUGUGAUGGCUUUGGCCUCUAUAGUGUUUCCAGACAAACUUCAGAAAUUUUUUGGUGACAAUCGAAAUGCUGUCAUUGAUCAUUCAACAAGUUCAUCAACAGAAGAAGAUAAUAAGGUUGCUGUGGAAACUGAUGGUGUCAAGACUGAUACAGAGUGUCGAUUACCUUCAAAGCUCUUCAUCAAAAGCGAAAAAGGGCUAUACUCGCCCCCUGACCCUCAUCCUUCUGUACUUAAAGCUCUUCAAUUUGUUACAGAAGAGGAUUAUAACGCCUACUGUCAGAAUUGGGACCCAUUGAAAGGGUUUACUGAUGUCAUACCAUAUAAUACUCGAGAAGAAUGUGGCAAUUGGCAGAAAAAGUAUCAGGAAUUACACGAACAACGACUAGAACAACUUGAGCGACUCAAGGCAGGAGAUUUCGAAAGCUUUUCGCACGACGAUAAACCUUUAUAUGUAUCGUAUCUUUGUAAAGAGGUACCAACAAAUUCAAAUCGUGGCUGUGGUGGAUUAGCCGAUCGAAUGAGUGGUAUGAUCUCUACGUUUUUUUAUGCAUUGAUUACCAGACGUGCUUAUUUCGCUCACUGGGCAGAUGAAAACCCUAUUCCUUUGGAAAUCUUAUUUGAACAGCCUCACGUCAAUUGGACGUAUGAUCCUAACGAGAUGAGAAGCUUAUUCAAUACUGAAGAUAAUGAACUACUUGGUUAUCAGCAAGUUGAUACUCUUAAUCAAAAAUAUGAUGGACUUGGAACGAUUAUGUUCCCUGAUGGUCCUUCUCAAGAUUUUAAUGAUUUAUGGAAUGCUUCGUAUGUAGAAAUUCGUUCUAAUAGAGCAUAUAUUAUUCGCACAUUUGACUUUUCUUCACGGUAUCCUCAAGAAAUGAAGAAAAUUGGAUUAACCAAAGAGAACGCUUUUGGAUGUCUUGCUGAUUUCUUGUUUCGUCCUACCAUUGGAGCUAGAAGAUAUCUCAACACAUAUCGAGAAUUAUUUUCCCUAAAGAGUGUUCUCAGCAUUGGUAUUCAGAUUCGAACAGACGAUAAAGCAUUGGCCAAUCCACAACAUGAUGAUAAUACGUUGGAAAAAUGGUUUUAUUACUUCAAAUGUGCCAAUGAACUUGCUAUGGCAAAAAGAGAACCACAUCAUAAGCGAAUUGUUUAUUUCCUUGUCACCGAUUCACAUAAAUUACGUGAAGAAUUUGAAGCCAUGAACGACGAUCAUGCUUUACGAUCGAAAUACCUUGGCCAAGCUAGCGAUGCGACAUCUUUGGUCGUUACUAAUUUACCCUUGGAACAUAUUGAGCCCGAUCAAGUAGCAAAGUAUAUUAAUGUGGAAAUACCAGUAGAAGUUAGUAGAGAACGUAUGACACCUGGUGUAAAUAGCGCUCUCAUUGAAAAUUGGCUUUUAAGUUAUACUGAUUAUCGAGUCAUCAGUCCCCAAGGAUAUGGGAAACUGGCUGCAUUCCACUCCAGAAACGAUCGAGCCACUGUUAGUUUACCUAGAUCGUCUCAUAGAGCAAAAUCACUCAACUGUGCUGAUCCCAAACUCUUGGACAUUUAUGAUUAUGACUGGUUAAGUCAUCAAUGGAGUUUAGGUUAGUUGGAUCUGUUAUCAACUACCAUCCGUUCCUACAUCAUUGUUACAUGACAAUUUGUGAUAGAUGAAUUACAAUCAAUAAUAAAAAUAACUUGAUGACAAUAAAAUGUAUAUGUAUGUGUGU